CCAAAUCAGGAUGAUUUUUUUAGGUCCAUCAGGCCAGUCUUAGGGUUACAGAUUGCAAUGGCUGCCCUAACUGCCCUCAGUACUCCCUUUGAAGGCCAUGCAAAUAGAUCUACUUCAGCGUCAACAUUGACAGAGCUUUGAACAAGCACUGAGGGGGCUGGGCUCCUAACAGUGGAGUCUGAGGGGGGCACACAUGGAGCAUAAGCAUAGGGUACAGUCCGUAAGCCAGCUCCAUUGUGAGCUCAGAGCAUGUCACUAUGGUGGUGCCAGUGCAGCUGUGUUACUAGGUGAUGAAGUAUAGUUCAGUUAACCCUGAACGAGCAGGUCUUGCCUACACUUCUUUGGCAAGAAUUGGUGAUUUUAGCAAACUCUUAUCGUAUAAUUUGGGAGGUGGAGAUUAGCUAAAUGGGAGGGAAGAGAGAGUAAGAAGGUCCUGGGCGGCCCUAGCGCUCCAUAAUGGAGGAAGAUUUUGAAUAUGAUGCUCUGGCAUUGAAGUUCCCCAGAAGGGGACGCUGGUACACCCGUCUGUGGCGCUCCUGUCCUGGUUUUGGAUGCCUGCGUCAAAAGAAAACGACGAAAUUUCCCCUCUAUCUGAUCGGGUAUGAUCCCGUGGGUCGAUUACAAACAGCGGCCUGUGUUGGGGACGUGGAGAAAAUUGAAAGUAUGAUCCAUGAGUGUCAUCAUCAUGUGGAUGAAUCUGAUUGGAGGGGCAGGACAUCGCUGCAUUAUGCGAGUGCCCACAACCAUCCAGAUGUAGUGACACUGUUAUUAGAAAAUAAGUCCAACAUUAACAUCCAGGAUGAUGAAGGCUGCACACCGUUGAUUAAGGCUGCGCAGCGGGACAACACACAUUGUGUUUGUGUAUUGCUCAGGCACAAUGCUAAUCCAAAUUUGAUGGAUUACAGUGGGAAUACAGCCUUUCACCAUGCCAUUUCCAGGGGCAGCAUAGCAAUUGUAAAGAUGCUCCUGGAGUACAACGUAGAUAUUGAAGCCAAAACAGAGUAUGGCUUGACACCACUGCAACUUGCAACAUAUGAAAAUCAGACUGAAAUGAUAAACUUCUUAGAAUCAAUGAGUGCAGAUGCACAGGCCGUGCAAGUGUCAAACAGUGCAAGAACACCAGCACAUAAAAAAGAAGUGAAGCAUGUAAGAUUUUUGGAAGGUAAGAUUUUUAUAUCAUAUAUAAAUUUACUAUAUUGUAGAUGGUCUUAUUCACCCUAGAUAAAAUAGUGCGGACAUUUUAGCUCCUCUCCUACUGUGACCACACAAGGCAGCCCAGCUAGCAGAAAGGAAUCCAAAUGCAGGCAACAGAAUGAGAACCUGCCCUCACUUCAGUAAACCAGGAGUCCACAUGAAGAGCACGUGAAGCUGCACGUCUGCUACCUCUGAAUAUGGGGUCUAUGUGCAGCCCUGACGUGCUCUUUGAUAGGUGGUUCA